AUGUCAACUCACCGCCUGUCAUCCCCAUUGCUCUCUCUCUACGUCGCAUUGCUCUUCCUGCUUCAACUGGGAAGCUCCUACCAAGAUAUAUCCGACAACACCUUGCGAUCCCUUCCCCGACCGAACGAUGACUUCGAUAUCAACCACGGAGCGCUAUUGUCCCCCAUCCUGAGGCCCCGUGUUUCCGGCACCGAGGGUUCCGCUGCUGUCCUCAAUCACUUCGCGAACUUCGUCCGAACAUCGCUCCCCGACUGGAACAUUCAGCUCCAAAACUCAACCUAUACAACCCCUGUGUCGAACGGGAAAGAAGUUCCAUUCACCAAUUUCAUCGCGUCUCGCGACCCCCCGUGGGCAAAGAAGGGAGAUGUGGGAAGGUUGACACUGGUUGCGCAUUAUGACAGUAAAUACGAGCCGGAGGGAUUUAUCGGGGCCAUUGAUAGCGCAGCCCCUUGCGCUAUGUUGAUGCAUACCAUGCGCAGUAUCGAUACGGGUUUGACGGAGAAGUGGAAGGCGAUGAAAGCAGAGGGCCGGACCCACGCGUCGCUGGAAGAACAGAAGGGCAUCCAGAUCAUCUUCCUGGAUGGCGAGGAGGCGUUCAAGGCAUGGACCGACACCGAUUCGCUCUACGGUGCUCGCUCCUUGGCGCAAGAAUGGGACUCAGAAGUUCAUCCGGCCAUGUCAACGUUCAAAUCUCCAUUAUCUUCGAUAUCCCUAUUUGUGCUUUUGGAUCUGCUAGGUGCCAAAGGUCCGACCAUCCAAUCGUUCUUCGGCACGACCCAUUGGGCAUAUAAGAAGUUGGCGGCCCUUGAACGCCGUUUCCGGGAUCUCAAACAGUUCAAAUCCGCCCCGCAGGAUUCCCCCGAAGGCGCAUGGUUUAUACACGAUUCAAAGAAUGAGCAUGAAGUCAGCCCUUGGCUUUCUAUACAGGACGACCAUAUUCCCUUCAUGGCCCGCGGCGUGGAGAUCUUACACGUGAUUGAUGCACAUCCCGCCACCGGAUUCCCCGAGGUAUGGCACAACCACCGGGGGGUGCCGGACGACGGCGAGCACUUGGAUGGCAACACCGUCGAGGAUUGGAGUAUGCUCGUGACUGCGUUCGCUGCCGAGUGGAUGGAGCUGGAGGGCUUCAUGCCGACACAAACCAAAAAUAAACGAUCGGCACCCAAGAAGGAGCCAACCUGGGAUAAAACCGAGUUGUAA